AUGACAUCGCACAGAACCGGAAACCCAUCCAAACAGCGCAAAAAAUGGGCCAACCGAACUCUUAUCCUGCUGUUCAUCUUCAAGAUCAUCAGUCUGUACUUUAUGUUCCGGCAGCAGUUCAAUUUCUCCCCCCGGACCUCGUGCGUGCUCUCCAUCCUGCUGGGAGCACUGUUCACCGGCUUGUCCUUCGUCAGCACCGGCUUCCAGUGCAUAACCCUGCUGAUGGUUCCGCAAAUGCUGAGCAAACGGGGCCGCAUCGCCCUGAUCGCGUACGUGUUCGUCCUGGCCCUGUCCGGUCCGGCCCGGAAUACCGUUGAAAACAUUGGACUCAUGUCGGAAUCGCUCAUCUGUAGCCAAGCCCAGCUCAAGGUGUCGAUUCAUGAGACGCUGAAGGCGCUCAACAUCCCGUUUGCGACGCUCAAGGAAACCGUACAGAAGUUGGUCGCCGAGGUCGAGCGGGGGUUCAUGAAGAUUCAACGGGUGCUGGAUGGCAUUAUGGAUGGGUUGCUGAGCACUUUAGAGACCAUUCGAGCCGGAUAUCGAUGGCUAGCCGAGCUUGUGACCAUCUGUAACGGGGAUGGUAAAACGUCGUUCGAAAGGUGUAUUGCGACGCUGGAGACGUCCGUGUUGGAUUGUCAGCGAAGAUUACGAUUUUUGGGAUUUAUGUGUAACGUUAAAAGAUCCGCCAAGCUGAUAUGCUUCAGUGCCAAGGUCAUCGAUUGGUCAAUACACUACAAGACAAACUAUCUCUCCCGGAACGAUUACGACAACUGUUACAUCGGCCAAGAGUUCUACGCUGUUGACAAGCGCCGUGAAUCCAUGCAGCUCCCAAGAGUUCUCCCUCUUACCCGAAGGGAACAAAACUGCUACAUACCGCUCACCUCUCUGUACCUUCUCCGCCAGGAGCGACUCCGGAUCGCUCGGAAUGCCUUCUUCCUGUUCCUUUCGACGAUCCAAAUCGCCGGCAUUGUCAGUGCCGAUUACUGCCUGUACUGGCUGCUCACCAUAGUCGGCCAAGCUUCGCGAAAGCAAACCGAUAUCCACCUGCCUACUAUGUUUAAAAUACAUGUCAUCGGAAACGGAACCAUAGCCGACAUGUACCGAAGGAUUGUCGCGGUCAUCGAAACCAGCGCCAGAUUGGCUGACUAUCUGCGUCCGGCCAAGUGCGCUCCGGACCCGCCGGAUCCCGACUACGUACGGUACUACCAGAUUGGAUUCCUCCUGAUCAGCGCUUGGGCGUUCAUCGUGCUGGAACCGUACGGACUGCGAGUUCGCCAGCUCAUAAUGGCCGGAUACUACCCGGAAAGGGCACGCGAACGAGCCACCUGGCUGUACAACGAUAUCAUGCUCAAGCGGGAGACGUUUGUGAAGCUGGUUUUGAAGCAGAUGGCCGCGGACCUGGGCGAUCCUACCGGGAAGCCGACUUGGCUGGACGUGAUCCGGGCCAAGACCAAUCACUACUGGCUUAGCCGUAUGGUACUUGGGUCGCAUCAUCCGGUUCGGUGCAUCCUGUGUGGGUCCGACUUGGCACGGGAUGACUACGUCCGAUGCUUUAGGCCGCGAUGUUCCGGGAUGUAUUGCUACGAGUGCUUCUUGGAGAUCCAGCACGUGUGCUGGAUGUGUGGAGAUCCGAUUUUGACGGGGGAUUCGAGUGACGAGUCGUUGGAACGGUAA